GAGACAAGAUUUAUACGUCUGCAAUUUUAGGCGCGAGAAAGUAUAGAGUGGACUAUCCAGUAUCCAACUAUCCACCAAUUCCUCUAUGAACCCAACUUCCUUCCUCCGUCGCCCCUGUUCUUCCACCUCCAUUUUCUCCUCUCCUCGUCUCUUCUCCUCCUCCUCCUCCUCUUCUCUCUCUCUCCUCAACAAUACCUCUGCAACUCUUCCCAACUUUAUUACUGAGAAACCCACCUCACAACAACUUCAUCAAUGGCAGAAAACCCCCGAUAGACCGUUCCUGAAAAGAGAACGUUUGUUUUCUCUUUUACAAUCUUCUUCUCUUUAUACCCAUUUCCUUCAACUUCAUGCCCAAUUCAUCCGUACCCAUUUCAUCCAACAUCCUCGUCUCUCUCUUAAAUUCCUUACUCGAGCUCUAAGAAUAUGUCCUCAUAAUAUUGAUUAUCUAUAUCGCAUUUUUACCCAGAUAUUAAUGCCUAAUCUUUCGCAUUAUAAUACCAUGAUUAGGGCAUUUUAUUGCUCUGAUUUUCCGAGUGAUGGGAUUAAAUUUUAUCGGAUGAUGAAUCAGGAAGGGGUUAUUUCGGAUCAUUUGACCUUGUCGUUUUGUCUUGAUUGUUGUACUAAAGAUUAUGCUUUGAUUGAGGGGAUGCAGAUUCAUGGUAGGAUUUUGGUUGAUGGGUAUGUGAGAGAUUGUGUUUUGAUGACUUCUUUGAUGCAUUUGUAUUCGCUUUGUGGGCGAUAUGGUGAUGCGUGUAAGGUGUUUGAUGAUAUGCCUCACAGAGAUACUGUUGCUUAUAAUGCGUUGAUUUCUUGUUUUAUGAAUAAUAAGAGGACUAGAGAUGCUCUGCCUGUGUUUGAAUCUAUGCAGACCCUGGGAAAUGAUUGUAGACCUGAUGAUGUUACUUGCUUGCUAUUGCUUCAGGCUUGUGGUGAUUUAGGCGCACUAGAUUUUGGUAGGAAUGUUGGGGAUUACAUGGAGAAACAUGGUUAUGGUGAACUGUUGUGGCUAAAUAAUGCUCUCCUUACUAUGUGUUCAAGAUGUGGGAGUGUGGAUGAAGCAUAUCGAAUUUUUGAGAGAAUGCCUGCCAAGGACAUGGUCUCGUGGACUGCGAUGAUAUUAGCUUUUGGGGUGAAUGGAUAUGGGAAGCGUGCCAUUGAAAUGUUUUGGGAAAUGCAUAGAAUGGGGAUCUCUCCUGAUGAUAAGGCUAUUACAGCGGUUUUAGUAGCCUGCAGUCACAGUGGAUCUUUUGAUGAGGGUUUAUUAUUUUUUGAGAAGAUGACUCAGGAGUUUGGGAUACUGCCAAAUAUCCAUCACUAUGGGUGUGUGGCUGACAUAUUAGGACGUGUUGGUUCACUUAAUCAAGCAUAUGAUCUUAUUAUGUCAAUGGAAGCAAAGUCGGAUGUGAAAAUUUGGAGGACCUUGCUCACAGCUUGCAGAAUACAUAAGAAUUUUGGUCUUGCAGAGAGGGUGAUUGAACAUAUAGUGGAACUUAAGGCGCAAGAGGCAGGGGAUUAUCUUCUGUUGUUGAAUACUUAUUCUUCAAAUGGCAGAUGGGAUAAAGUGAAAGAUCUGAGGAAAUUCAUGAAAGAAAAAGGAAUCUUAACAAUCCGUGGCUUUAGUACAAUUGAACUAAAAGGAAUGGUGCAUGAAUUUGUUGCCGACAAUGUCUCGCAUCCACGCAAAAAUGAGAUAUAUAAAAUGCUCAGUGAAAUCUUGCAACAGCUGAAGAUUGCUGGAUAUGUGCCUGAAGCAUCAUCAGAAUUACAUGACAUAUAUGUAACAGAAAAGGAAACUGGUGUUUCUUAUCAUAGUGAAAAACUAGCCAUGGCUUUUGGGGUCCUGUCCACCCCGCCUACCACAACAAUUAGAGUGGCCAAUAAUGUUCGGAUUUGUGGUGAUUGCCAUAACUUUGCCAAGUUUCUUUCUUCUGUUUAUAAUAGGAAAGUAAUAAUCCGUGAUCGAAAUAGGAUUCAUCAUUUUCGAGAAGGAAAAUGCUCCUGUGAUGACUGCUGGUAGUUGUUGGGAAUGUUCAAAUGUUAAUUUUAUAGCUGAUUAUAAGUUCGACCAGUUUUAAUGACUUAGAGCUGCUUGGUUGGCACCCUUUGGACCAAGGAAGGAAAAAGCAUGGUCUAUCCCUUCUUUUGAUACCUGGUUGGUAUCUGAUUAUCUGGCGAGGCUUCUGCUUCGGAUUGAAUUUAGUUGUCUGUGGACAAGGCAUGCUACAGAUAGAAGGUUAGGCCAAAGAUUGACAUGGAAUACCAAGAGUGCAAGGUUCUUAAGUGUAUCUAUAUGAGCUUCAGGUGUUCCUUAAUUUUUUUGAAUUCGAGAGCUCCACAAAUCAAAUUGAUAUUGAAGCUGUAUGAUAACACAAAAGGUGUAUGAAAUUUAUAAUUUACUUCGUGAAUCAGUUAAAAACCUUGAAGUCCAAUAUCUUGAUGAUGAUACUUUGAACACCCAGCAAGCUGCUUCAGUUUUGGAAACUGCAACUUAAGAGCUGAGCUACUGAGUACUACUUUACUAGUGUAUAAUGUUUCAGAUUACAGCCAACAUAGUGAAAGAAACAAAUUUCUUCUGCAGAUGUAUACAGUUUAGGCUUAGCUGUGUUAUUUCUUGGACUAUUUGUCAAUCAAGUCUAGUAUACUUUUUUU